AUGGUCGGGUUGAAGAAGGCCAAGGGCAUCCUCCGGGAGCUUUCCAGCCCCAUCAGCACUUCAGCAGCUUCAAGGUCAACAUCCCGGACGGAAAGCAAUAACGGGAAAGCGGGAACGAUGGCCACCCCGUCUGCCAUUGCGGCGAAUGUUGCUUUCUCUCCGCUCCCUAGGAUCACCUCUGUGACCGGCAAUGGUUGGGAGAAGGACAACGCCCGCUUCUCAGCAGCACCACUUGUAGUGCCCGACCAUGAUCCCUCUGCAAGUCGAGUCUCGGAAUCUAAAAGGUCUGUGGCCCCUGGCCCAGCGGAACCGGAUCCCUUUGCAGACAGUAACUCGACCAAAGCCGGGAAUUCGGCCGCACAGAGUGGUGUGGACAUACAUGAACUCGAGGACAAAGCCUCCAGCACAAAGAUUUCCGAAGGCAUUGGUGGUCUGUUGAGGUCGUUCUCCACCAGACAUUCAAGGUCUGCCGCGCCUGCUCCUGCAGAACUGGACGGCAGCCAACCGAAGGCGACUCAUAAGCAGACGAGCGUGGCAGAGAUGGACGCUACCGGCGAUAGGAUACAGAGUCAAGGAGACGGCCAGGCUGGCAUGGUGAACCCCCGCCCGAAUAAGGCUGCCGACGAUGAGCUCUACCGGGUCGAUAAAGAAAUCCGAAAGGCCGCACACGGCGUGGUGGAUGAGGCUGAGCUAGAGGCCAUGUUCAAAAAGCGAGGUACCAGCGGUGCCUUCAAGCUUCUCCUCGAAAUGAUUGAGCCCGCACGGGACGCAGAGGAGCAUCUCGAUCGCGUCGAAGACAAGAUCCGCGCGGCCAUGAAGGGACAUGUACGGACCAUGGACGUCAAUGCCGAGAUCAGAAAGCGUGGUCCUGCGGGCGGCCUGCAACUUCUGCUGGACCAUUGGCAGUUGGCCCUCAAAUCCGAGCAGGCCUUGCGCCGCGUCGAGGAGAAAAUGCGAUCUACGAACCACGACAUUGGGUCAGCCGAUCUCGCCCAUGCUCAGAAGACCGGUGGUGCCGAGGCCAUGCUGGCACUGCUGGUGCAAGACUACCAAGCCAAAAAGUCCGCGUCCCUCGUGCUGGAGCGUGUCGCCGGGCAGAUCAAACGAGCGACGCCCCAGGCUGCUCGCAAGGACGUCGACACGGCCUUAAAGUCGAGGGAGGCGGGCGUGGAGAGUGCGUUCAGUAUCCUCGUGGGGGCCUACCAGCCUUUUGCCGACGCGUACAAAGAAUUGACUGCCAUCGAAGGCGAACUCAAACGCACUGCCCGCGAACUGGCGUGGACCCAGGAUGUGGACCUGAUCUUGACGAAAUCAGGCCCCGAGGGCGCUUUGAGGGUCCUGACCGAACAUCUUCAGGCAAAGACACAGACCCUGCGAACAUUGGAAGCACAGCACCUUGGUCUGCAGCAGAGUUGGAAGAAGCUGACGGCUGACAACCACGAGCUGAGACAGGAUCAAGCGCGCCAUCGGGCGAAUAUCGAUGGCUUGAAUGCCAGUUAUCAACGCAGAAUCGCCGAUCAAGACAAGAACUGGAAAGACACGCUGGAAAAGCAGCAGAAAGACUCCGCCGGUCGAGCACAGGUGGUAGAGCAGCGCCACCGUAGUGAGCUGGAAAGCCGAGACAAUAGCCACCGAAAUGAGAUUGCAUCAUGGCGGGCCGCCAUGCAGUCGGUCAAGGAAAAGCACGAGAUCGAACAGAAAGAAUUGAAGGCCGCUCUGGCCAACAAGGAGCAAGAGUACAAUACCAAGCUGGAUCGCAUGCGGGAAGAGUUUGAAGCGCGCGAAAAGGAGGCACGCAAGCGCGAGCUGGAGAGGAUCGAGGAAAUCCGCCUCGAGGCCGAGGAGCUGAAGGGCGAGCUGGUCAGGAGAGAGCACUUCAAGGGACUCUCCGACCCGGAGAUAUGCAACCGGUUCAAGAAGCUGGCCCAGGAGGUGAACAGCUUCUCGCGCAUCCAGUGGGAAAAGAAGAAGGAACCCCGCUGGCCUGUGCAGGAGAAUGCACUGCGGCGGUCUGAGAAUCCUCGGAAGCUGAAGCAGCAGAUCGUCCAAAGCACUAUCUGGAUGAUCCUGAAGGAGAGGCUCUUCCACUCACCCUUUGGUGUUCUCGGUGACGAAGGCCAACGCAUCCACCGCGAAUGGACGAGCGAGUUUGGUGAAGACUCAAGCUCCGAACUGCCUCGCUGGCCCGAAGCCACGGAGGAAUCCGAGGCGUGGCGGUUCGAACGCAUCAAAGAGUACUGGGACCCGUCGAAGAAGAUCACCUCCGACUCGGAAGCGUCGCGGCGGCUGAAGCCCACAUACGACCAAAGUGUGGCAGCCGCCGUGGACGACAUCGGCAAAGCGGUCGACACCAUCUCGACGCUGUCGUCGCACGAUCUGCAGUUGAUCCGUGAAUUCGUCGAGCUCGCCGCCACCUUCUGGCUAGACGUCACGGCCCAGAAGUGUCGCGUGUACCUGAUUUUCCCAGCUGAGGGUUCCAGCGCACUCGUGCAGCGUAAGCCGACCACCGCCACGGUUGAUCUGGUGAUUCAGCCCGAGGUACGCCGGCGAGGAAACGCCCAGGGCCAGCGGUUCGUCAAGGAGCAGGUCAUCACGGGCUGUGAGGGCGAAAAGACCCGGUUCUAG